UAGGAGGCGAUCGGGUGAGAGGAGAGCGGGGGUAUGAGUGAAUUUUCCUGCUCUGGGCAAGGGCUCCUGUCCAACUGGUUCAACAAGGGCGGCAACGCUGGUUCCUCCUCGGCGGCGGCGCCGCCUGGGCCGCCGCCUGGGCCGCCGAAAAAGGGCAAGUGCAGGCUUGCAAUCAAGCUUGCUUUUUCUAUGUUCCUCGACGCGCUGGGCAAUGCGACCUACGUUUUCCCAGGGGUUGGCGAACUCGGUGACGCAGUGUUCGCCCCUGCGUCGGCCGUCCUGGUAAAGAUGCUCUACGACAAGAAUGGCGUCGCAGGCAUUGCCUUCGCCGAGGAAAUUCUUCCGUACACGGACAUCACUCCGACAGCAACGCUCGCUUUCUUUAUGGAGAACGUCAUGGGGAAUAAUUGCUUGACGAGGUGCUUCGGCUUCAAGAAGUUCGAGUAGGCUCCAAAUUCCACUGCGGGCAAUGGUGCAUUCAGACUCCAUUGGCGAUGAAAUCGGAAGGAGCCGCCCAGAGGAGGAGGGGAGGGGGAGGAGCCGUCCUCCUCGGCCCUUAGCUGUGCCGCUCGACGUGUCCGACGAGCUGCCGGCGAAGCGGUGCUGCUCUGCCCAGCGAGUGCCGCUUUGCCAUCCUCACCCCCUCCACGUUGCCUUCUCUGUCCUCCCUCACCCAUCCCACAUCCCUUCCUCCUGCCGGCGCUAGCACUUGAAACAGCACCGCCUGUUGGCUAGGUUCCUUCCCAGAGCGCACCCAAAGUGGUGACUCAAGCGGCUCAUUUUCGGCGUUCUGCCGACCCCCCAAAGGGAAGUGCAAUUGCGUGACCAUUGCAGAGGACGGCGAAGAAUGAGGAAGAGCAAAAGGUUACACCACAUAUGCUACACGUCCAGAGUGCAAGGACUCACUGCUUUGGGUCCGCGUUCGUAGACAUUCGGCAGCGUUUUGACUGGUCGGUGGAACAUCGAGCGCCAUUUCUCGAAAGUCUCUCUUUUCCGCGCUCGCUUACGCAUCUGCCGUGAUUAAGACUCACAUGCUGCUUCGUCCCCUCGUCGGCGCUCCACACUGUAGCAGCUAGAGGUGUCCGAGCGCCAGUGGACCACAUCAGUACUUCACACAACCACACUUCUAGGAAGCUUGAGCCUUUUGUGGAAGAGUUGGCCAGCUGGACAGCAUUACAGUGCACCGAUAUGCGCCUGGUCCUGCCGGGUUCGCAACCAAAUGAGGCGGCGCUGGCUUCGUGCUUCUGAGAAUAUUUUCCCCGAUCCAUGGAUCUAACGCCCACGCGCCAGACUCUCAGAUCCGUAAUCCGUUUUUUCCUGUGCUCGAGCUUCCCGUUCUUCCGCCCCCCCUCGCCCAUCGCCCCCCCUUCACUCCUCCUCCUCCUCCUCCUCCUCCUCCUCCUCUUCGUCCGCCUCCUCCUCAUCUUCAUAGCGAGCCGAUCUUCACAAUAUCGACUCGAGGACGGGGAUUGGGUUCGCGAGAGUGGAGCACCCUUGCUGGUGUGCUCUCCGCGGACCUUCAUUCUCUUUUGCUUCCCUGUCCUCUCUCUUUGUGGUGCCUGCGGGGCUCCGAGAUCCUGUCUCUCGGGUGGGGGCCACCGUCUUUCUUGGCACCUCGGGUGGCUGCUCGGGCUGCCCCUUCGCCUGUGCACGCCUGGCGCCCGUGGCUUGACCUCGGAGCGCGGCGUCCGCCAGCCAGCGUCGUAUCCUCCUC